AUGCUUCAACAAUUUUACUUUGGUGACGGCGCUGAAAGGCAUCAAUGCGAAAUCGAUGUUUCGCUAUUCAAGUCAAUCGACAGGCUACAGGAUAGUCUUGAGAGUCGCUUUGCUUUUGCUGCUCGGAAAUCGCUUCGAUUUCACGACAGCAAACAGAAACCACUGCGGACGCUCGAGGAAAUUGAGGCCGCUCCUGGGCCGGUGGAGUUGAGGGGCUCAGACAACAAGCCAAUACGAAGUCCUCCUGGUCCCAAGUGCUUGCCGCUGGUUGGAAAUCACUACGAGGUCUACCCCGACGCGUUGGGCAACUAUGAGCGGCUAUUCAGUCGGUAUGGGCCUAUGAUGAAGACGGUCAACAUGGGAACCGUCAUAUACCACACGAAUGAUGCCGAAAUCUCCCGCUACCUACUCAAGGAGGGCGAGUACUUCACCAAAAAGACCUCUGACCCGUCUCAUCCCCUUCAUUACAUGUCCAUUCAGUCCGCGCUCUUCACUUGCGACAGCGACUCGCCUGCCUUUUCCGUGUCUCGCAAGUUUGUCACUCCGGCACUGUCGCCUCGGGCCAUUGCACAUUACACUCCGCACAUGCUGGACGCUUGUCGAUCGAUAUUCCCGGUUCUCGAUCAACUGGCUGGUGAAGAGCUGGCCUUCAACGUUUACCAUUAUACCUUCAAAUUGGCCUCGGAAAUUAUUUGGCGCAUGGUCGUUGGCGGCAGCCUGGGACAUUUUGCGGACAUGAAAACUCCGCCUGCUUUGCCAAUCCGUCUCUUCGGGCAGUAUCUUUCCCUGAUGAAGAAGAUGAGUCUGCGGCCCAAGUGGUAUGGCAGCCUUCCAUUUGGGGAGCCAGCACGUUUGCGAGAUGUAGAGAAACGGUUGUUUGCUGAAGUGGAAAAGGCCAUGGAUGCAUGCUCCGGCCCACAGGAUGAAACCCUACGGCUGUCGGACCUCAAGGCUUCUCUGCAGGCAUCCUGCGUUGCGGACUUUCUCAGUCGUGUGCGCGACGAUAAGAAUGAGGGACUGCCUAGGGAUCUGUUGCUUGCAAAUACAGUCGUCACCAUUGGUGCCGGAUUCACAACAAGUGCGUCGUUCCUGGCCUGGGUCCUCUAUGCCAUCACAGUCUAUCCUGGAAACCAAGAACGCCUUCUGCAAGAAAUAGUAGAUCAUGGCGGAGACGGGAGGCAUGAGUGGACGUAUGACGAAAUUCACAGCAUGAAGUUCUUGGACUGCUUCGUCAAGGAGACGCAGCGAUUGCACAGCCCUAGCUUUCAGACAGCACGAAAUGCAAAGCAAGACGUGGUCCUGCCUGGGGGCUACUUGAUCCCCAAAGGCUCCACGGUGAUUUCCUGCUUCCCCAGUAUGCACACAAAUCCAAAGUACUGGGAGAAUCCAACUAGAUUUGACCCAGAUAGAUGGACUGAAAGGGAUGCUGCCGCCAAGGCAUCUCAGUCUGGCGUGUAUACGCCAUUUGCUGCCGGGCGCAGAGGCUGCGUUGGCUUCAAUCUGGCACUGGCUGAGGUAAAGAUUGUAUUGAUUGAACUGAUCUAUCAUUAUCACUUUGAGAUGGACUCCCCUGAGCCUGUUGUAUACGAUCCGGAUUUCUUGGUCACACGACCAGUUAACUUUUACGCUGCUGCCACCAAAAGAACAAGUUGGCCCUCCAGAAGCAUUACUUGA